GUACCAUUGGUUUUGACCCAUAGCCAAAUGUGACAUGGUUGUGUCCCUUGCACGCCAUGUUCUUUGGCUGUGGUGCCUUUCUGAUGAGGCAAUUGCCGCCAUGGAGGACCCCACUCUGCACAAAGCGCGGCCGGCGCAGCCAAUUUGGACACACGACGCGAUGGAAGGUCAGUUGCACAGCCUGGUAUCGGAGUUGUCUCGCUUGAGGGCAGAGCUGGCUGCACAUCGGCGGCUGGCGGCAGAGCAGGGGCUGAAGGUUGAAGAGCACUUUGAGGAUGAGGAGGCUGCGCACGGCUCUACACUCUUUCUGACGAUGUGCGCCGGGAAGAGCUACUUCGAGCUCUACUGUGGCCCCUUCUUCGCCAGCUUCGAGCGCGCCUAUGGGGCCGCCGUCCUGCGGCAUCAGGUGGUUGCCUUUACCGUGCACGUGAGUGCGGCGCUACAAGCAGCGGCCGCCCAGCGCUUCGCCCCCUGGGGCCGCUUUGAAGCCUUGACGCGCUAUGUGUCGGAGGUGGAGGGCCCAGAUGGCGGCACAGAGCAGCACUACGGGGAGGAUUCCGAGACCGAGAGUGGUGCCAUCACCUGCUUCCGCACCUCGAAAGGAAGGUUGGCCUGCAACGUGCCGGAGCACGGCCAGGAGACCCGAGAUACGAAGACGCAGCUGGAUAGUCUGUGGUUUCCUCAAGCGGUGGCUGCCUACUUGGACGGGCAUGGCAAGAACUUUGACUUUGCAGUGCUCAUGGACAGCGACACGCUCUUCGUGGGUCCUUUGGGUCGACAAUUGGCGCCGACAGUAGAUUGGGACGUGGCCUUCACGGUCUAUGACCCAGCCAUGAAGGUGCCCUGGAGCGACAACCCCGCGGAGGCAGGAGGACGCCCAAAGGCUAUGCCCGCAUCAACUGCGGGGUGGUGCUCUUGAACCUCGCGGAUCCCUCCCUGGUCGUGCGGUUCUUACAGAAGUGGACGCACGUCUCAGCUGUGAUGAUGGAGCUCCACCAGGCUGUAUCCUCGACGGACGGCUCCAGUGAGCUGGCAGUCAAGGAUGCCGUGUACUCCGCAGCAGCCAGGAACUUGACCCUCUGGCUGCAGUGGCAGGCUCUCUUGGUGAAGGAGUUCCGAGGUAACGACCAAGCAGGACUCGCCCUGCUGGUGUCCUCCUUCAGGACUGAUGAUCUUCAGUACCUUUUGGGCUGGGAGAACUGCAUCAUUUGCGAGGAGUCCUAUCCAGCUCAGCUGCGCAUGUAUGCUGGCGAGGGCGACCUCACUGUGCGGUUCCGCGCUUUGCCGGCGCGUAUUCUCAACCACCCAGAGGCGAUGGUGGAUGGCACCUUUCCGCCCGAGCUGCGGGUGGUGCACCUGAAAGGCCUUUGGUGGCGAAUGGCCGUGGGCAAGGGGGUCUUGACCUCCACAGCCACCCGCGAGCC